AUGUAUCAGAAAUCAGGAAAAAUAGAACAUAUGUACAACAAUCAAACAAGUCAAUAAAAAUAAUCAGAAUUAUAAACUGGUAAUAAUGACAAUAGAUUUAAAUAUCCUAACUUAGAUUCAUAGAUUAGAUACACAAAUAGAGAAUUGUUUAUGUAAGGUGGCACUAAUAGUACUAUUAAGGAUCAUCAAAAGCCUAAGAUAUUUGAUACCCAAAAUUAAAGUUCAGCAAUUAAGAGCAAUUAAUUUGUAACAAGAUUUCCUUUUUAAAUUCCAAAUAGUCCAUAAUGUGAUCGAUAAGAUUAAAAACCUAAUGAUAAUGUGAAAAAAUGUUAUACAACCAACAUUAAUAGCAAUCUAUAAAUGCCAUAUAAUAACUAAUAUAAUAAUAACUAUUAUUAACAGAGAAUGGUGUAAAUAGAAUAACAAUCAGAUAUGAAUCAAACACUACCUAUUAAUCAUUAAAUAUUUUCAUAUGAUGUAGCUUAAUAAAUGGAAUCAAAGUAAUAGAACAACUUUUCUUUAGAAUAGAAUAAAAAAUCUGAAUAACAAUACAAUGGAAAUACAAUCCCUUUCUAUGAUAAGCUUGUUGAAAAAAAAGAUUAAUUUUAAGAAGUUUUAAUAAAAAGUAAAUUUGAGGAUCAACAAAAAUAGAGUCAUGAUUAAAUAAAACAUUAAUAUGUUGAAUAAUCAAUUAUAAUAUCAGAAUGUAAUUUAAUGGAAUUGAAAAAUAGAGAGAUUUCAACUAUUAAAAAUUUUAAGAAAACAAUAGGGAUAAUUAACACUGAAAAUUAAAAGGAAUCUCCAAAUAAAUAAUAUAUAGAAGUUGAGAAAAUACAAUCUUAACCUAUAAAUGAAAUAGUAUUAUAAAAAUAAAACAGUAUUGAUUAAACAUAAACAGGAAAUAAAUUGAUUGAAACAAUAAAAGUAAAUUGUAUAGAAAAUCUAUAAUGUCAAGAAAUAAUGGAAGUAAUGAAAUUUUAUGAUGAUGAUGAUGAGAAAAAUAUAGAAGAGCCUGUUAAAGUUAGCAAUUUUGUGACUGCCAAAAUAUAAUAGAGAGGAGAGAAAUGUAUUAUUAUGAUUAAUUAGAACUUCAAUAAUUUAAUUAAGUAAAUCAACCAAGUUAACGUUGUUCAGCUUUAGAGUUUGAAGUAUUAGAGAAGAUGAACUAAGUUCGUUAAAAUAGAGUAAAUGGAAUGAAAGUAGAUUAUUUUGGAGUUGUUGAAAUUUUAGAAAAGUCAGAUUGUAUAACAGAUUUGGUAGCUGAGAAAUCAAUUAUAUAAUUAAUCAUUACAUAAUUCCCUGUAAAUAUUAUAUAAAUAAAUUUUAGUAUUUAAGAAGAGUAAGAGGUGAUGGUAAUUGCUUAUUUUCAAGUUUACUUUUUCCAUAUUUAGAAUUAAUUUAUAUUAAUAAUCUAUUUGAUGCUGUACUGAAUUAGUUUGUUGCACAUGAAAUAUAUUGGAAUAAGUAAAUAUUUUACAAAAUAAAGGGCUACGAUGAUUGAUAGACCUAUGGUCUUUACUUUGAUAAAGAAAAUCUUUCAGGAGUUAAAAAAGUUUAGUAAAAAGUAUAGUAAUGAUUUGAUCUUGUUUUCAGAACUUAUACUACAUUAUAUCAAUAAAAUUAAUGGGUUUUAUGACAUACUAAUUAUAUUUAUGCGAUCAACAAUAAUAUAGAGUUAUAAAUUAUACUCUAAAUAAGGAGAAUAUUAAUAUUUUUUAGAUGAAAACACAUCAGAAGAAUUCUUAGAGAAGAAUAGUAGUUUUGAAGAAGAAGGAGAUUUUUUAUCAAUUUAGUUCUUUUGUGAAAUUACUUAAUUGAAAGUUAAAUUGAUUAAUUUUUCAGAUAAACAUCCAAUUUAGUCAAUGUAAAUACUUGAACCGAAAAUUAAUAAGGUAAGGAAUGAUUAACAUAACUUUAUUACUUUGAAAUAUAAUGAGGGCCAUUACGAUAUUCUUUAUUCAAGAAUGUUGAAAUAAAUGUAAAUUAAAUAGGAAGAGAGGCCACUUCCAUAAAUAUAAUUUACUCCUUUAUAUUGA